UAAAAACCAUUACGCUUAUGGAAUGUCCUCACUUUGAUAGCAAAACAAACCUGUGUGUGUGUGUGUGUGUGUGUGUUUGAAAAAUAGAAGUUUGUCUGACUACCAUUGUAGAGUGUCACUGUUCCUGUGAGUUUGUUCAUGUAGUGUCAUGGCUAGUCUUACGAUUCCCCAGCCUCCCACUCCAAUCUUGAUAACCUCUUAUCACAGUUCAGCAGCCAGCACACACACACAGCCACCAGCCACAUCCCUCAACACUGCCCCUCUCUCUCUUUCUCUCUCUGCUCUUCAGAGUUGUUUCUCUUUCUGUGAGGAGAUCAGCUUAAUAUAGGAGUAUUUUAGAUUCUACAAAUGAAAAAACUUUAGGAACGUUCAGGACAGAAAUUAAGCCAUGUUUUGUGUUUAGUGAAAAAGUUCACUCAUAUAAUUCAUCAUAUCUUUUUAUAGAAUGCUCAACGACUCUUUUCCAUUGAAUGAAAGUAAAUGGGGACCAUGGAUGUCAUUGUCAAGAAAGCAAAAUAAGCUAAACUUGAUGAAUAAUGAUCUAAAUUUGGGCCUGUUGCUCACGCAAAACCGUCAUAUGGCUUCAGGAAGCUUGGAAUAUAGUCGUAUGGUCUACUUCUAUGACGCUUUAUCUUGUUCUUGUGUGUUUUGUAGCUUGACAUGCCCUAGUCACCAUCCACUUAAAUAGAAAAAAAAAAGUUUUACAGGUUUGGAAUAACAUGAGGGUGAGUAAAUGAAAUUUUGGUGUAACUGUCCUAAUGGAACAAUAUAUUGGCUUACAUGUGUUGAAGUUCUAAAAUAGGGCCUUAUGUAAAUCAAUAACCUGGCCCUUGUUUAAGGAUUUGCUUCUCUGGAUCUCAUCCCAGUUUCCCUGAAAAUUAUAAAUGCACAAUGGUGGAGGGAAGUUGAAAGUGUUUUGACUGUCAAAUGACAGUGACAGUCUAAGGCCUGUGCUGAGGCAGGCCGUGCUGCGUCCAUAUCUCUGACCAUGAUUGCAGCAUUUGAGUUUAUUUGCAUUACUGUUCUUUGCUGAGCUGCACCAGGGAAAAGUGCUUUUGCAUUUUCAUUUGCUUUGUUCACAGUCACCGUUUCCAUUCGGACUGGUCUUUGUUACUUCUUUGUGCCGUUUUAAUUCCUGAAUUUAUUGUGCAUGUGCCUUGGCAUAUACAUGCUCUAUGAUUUUUUUUCGCAGCAGUGCACCUUUAUCAUUGUUGUGCUUGAGUCAUAUGUACGAUAAGUUUAUGGUUGUUGUAAACUAGGGUUUCUCAUAUUCUCUGUGGGAUUUUCUCAGACAAUGAGUUGUUAGAUUUCCCUCUUUAUCUUUAUAUAUACACCAAGGCUUUUAUAAGCUCUGGUUUGUACUGUGAGAACGUAUAUAGAAUAACUUUUAUAAUUUACCAUUAUUUCUGUGCUGGUGGACCAAAAAGCUCAAUAACUGAUUGACGUUUGAUUGUGAUAUCUGAAUUAUAAACAAUUUUGUUUAAAAUCUUAGCCGAUUACAAUCAUAUUGGUCAAGAAUAUUUAUACAAACCGCCAUUGUUAAAUUGAUCUAUACUUAGUUGCUGUGUCAGCCAGAGAUCUGCCAUAUAAUAUUCAAAACUCUAAGCAUGGCCGUAUGGUAGGAGUGUCCAAAAAAGUACCCCAACCCCACCCAUUGGUGCCCUACAAUUUUAAAUGAAGUCGCUAGUUCCCAAAGACUGAAGGAGAUAAGCAAGCGAGCAGAGAACCAGUACACUCUCAUUCUCAAGCUGCCCCCCAUGAUCUGUGCAGUGGUGUGAAUCUACUCACCUGAUAAAACAAGAUACUCAGUACAUCACUUGCAGAUGGAGAACUCAUCUGAGCAGUCUCGUUGGGUGUCCCCCGGCCUGACCAGUCCUGACCUAUUAGCAAACUACACCACAGAACCUGGUUUAAUGCCUCCCGGUGAAGAUGAUGAGCCCUUCUACUCCAGCUCUGAGGCUGACUUACUCCCGUCUUAUUAUUCCAGUAGUGCCCAGAGCCGAGCCUCGUCAUCUUACAGACACAGUCCAGUUCGCCAAGUCUACUCCUCUCCGUCUAUUCUGGGAAACAUCCAGUGGCUGGACAACUCUGCAGGUCACUCUCUAAACUCUUCCUACAACCCCACUUCCACUGUCUGGGCAAGCAGCCCAUUCACAAAGACACCUCUCCACCCUCACACCUCCACGUCCAUCUACCCGAACAGUGCGACCCCGUCUUUCACAUCCCCCAAAGAGGGAUUCCCUUCCCCGAGUCGUGAUGGGAAGGAAAGUCCCAGGCUCCAGGAAGUCCUGAAAGCCGAGCGCCUGAGUCCCAUGGGUGGAGGGGGAAGCAGCUUUCUCAAUCUGAGUUCAGCUGCUGGAGGUGUGUAUGGUCCUUCCCCACACAUGCUGAGUCCAUACGGAUCGUACAUGACCACGUCACAGGACUAUAGUUCAGCGGCACUCUAUUCCAGCUCUGGACCCUGGAUGAGCCCUUCGUCAUACUCACCCAAACUUCGCAACAAGAUGAGACUUUCGCCACCAGAGGCUCGUGAAUGUGUAAACUGUGGUGCCACUGCCACCCCUCUAUGGCGUCGAGAUGGGACAGGCCACUACCUCUGUAAUGCUUGUGGACUGUACCAUAAGAUGAAUGGCCAGAACAGACCCCUCAUCAGACCAAAAAAGAGGCUGAUUGUCAGCAAACGCGCUGGAACGCAGUGCGCCAACUGCCACACAAGCACUACAACACUAUGGAGACGCAAUGCCAGUGGCGAGCCUGUGUGCAACGCCUGCGGCCUCUAUUUUAAACUGCACAACGUCAACAGGCCCUUAACUAUGAAGAAGGAUGGCAUACAGACACGGAAUCGCAAGGUGUCUAACAGAAACAAGAAGGGCAAAAAGAGUGCAGCGUCAGAGGUUUACCCCGACAUGUCUCACCUCGCACCUCCCGACGAGCACGUAGGACCCUAUUCUCUGAACCCGGGAUCUCUUCUGUCUUAUAGCCACACCCCUCAUCUACUGCCACCUUCCACCUUGCACUCCUCUCCCACUAUGCCCUACAGCCACCACCCAAACUCUGGUAUGGUGCCCACACUUGUGUGAAGGAAAUGUCUACUGGACCGUGAGGCAUGAAUGCAUCACAUCACAUUUGUAAAUAAUAAGAAAAUGUGUAAAAGCAACUCCAUAACAGUGGCAGUCAUGUCAGUGAUUUUGAACCAGUUAUGUAGUUUGAAUAUUGGAACAGUAAAACUUGGUAGCUGAAACUGUCACCUAUAUCAUGACAAAUGUAAAUAAUUAUGAUUUUAGGCCUGCUAUAAUCAUGCUAUUAUGACUUCUUUUGAGACAUUUAAUAAAUGUCUUGUAAAUGUUUUAAGGUAUAACAAGAUUUUUGUCUUAUUUCCACCUUAUUUUUAACGUAAGAGUGGACACGGCCAUUUGCAUCUUGAAUGUACACGUGGCUUCCAGUGUCAACCGCUUCGAGCUAUUUUAGCUGUACAAAAAGUGUGCUAUGCUGCCUGAAAUCACAAACUGGUCUUUGUUAUCAUAUGAUUCCAUUCAUUACUGUCAUCAUAAACACUCUGGUUUGUAGCACAAA